AAACUGAGGCAACGCGAAGAGCUGCUAUAGGGGAGGAACGCAUCCAGCAUGAUCAAACUUCCGUCCCAUUGGCGUUGCAGAUGAAUCAUUCGUCUCUGCAGUUUGCACAAACUUCUGACAGUUACAUUACCUAUGCCUAUCUGCCCGGGGUCACUGUUUUCCAAGACUGACUCGAGGAUAGGUAAAAUAUCAGUAGAGAAAAGCAUGAAUAUAGAAACCCCGGAGCCCAGAGGACUCACGGAAGGACGGUCCGCAUCAAACAGUUCAAAAGCAAAGGGCCAGUGUUAGGUGAACCAUGUGCAGCUCCCUGAGUCCGAAGCACCCCAGUGGCCCAGGCCUGACAGACAUGCAGCAAUACAGCCAGUGGCUGGCCAGCCGGCACGAAGCUAGCCUGUUACCCAUGAAGGAGGACCUUGCCCUCUGGCUCACCAACAUGCUCGGUUUGGAGAUCACUGCUGAGGGCUUCAUGGAUCGUUUGGACAACGGCUUCCUGCUGUGCCAGCUGGCUGAGACACUGCAGGAAAAGUUCAGGAAGAACAAUGACAACCUACCUGGCCUUGGCAACGGCAAGGCUAUUCCCUGUCGUAGGAUACCGUGCCGAGCAAGUGCUCCUUCCGGGUCUUUUUUCGCCAGAGACAACACAGCCAACUUCCUGGCUUGGUGUCGUGAGGUUGGCGUUGGAGAAACCUGUUUAUUUGAGUCUGAGGGGUUGGUUCUUCACAAGCAACCCCGGGAAGUUUGCCUUUGUCUCCUACAACUGGGAAGGAUAGCCUCUUGGUACAAAGUGGAGCCUCCUGGGCUGAUAAAGCUGGAGAAAGAGAUUGAGCUGGAGGAGAAGGCCCCUCCACCUCCUGUCUCCCCUGUCUCCCCCUCCUCUGUCUCCCCCUCCCAGUCUCUCUCCCCCUCCCUGUCUAUCUCCCCCUCCCCAUCCCCCUCUCCUUCUUCUACCAAGUGCUCAUCCAACAAGAAGAGUACAGGAAAGCUGUUGGAUGAGGCUGUGAAGCACAUUUCUGAAGACCCACCCUGCAAGUGUCCGAGUAAGUUCUGUGUGGAGAGACAGUCCCAGGGUCGCUAUCGCGUUGGAGAGAAGAUGCUGUUCAUUCGGAUGCUGCACAACAAACACGUGAUGGUUCGUGUUGGAGGAGGCUGGGAGACCUUCGAGAGUUACCUGCUAAAACACGACCCCUGCCGCAUGCUUCAAUUCUCCCGCGUAGAUGGCAAGACCUCUCUUAUUGCCAGCAAGUUGCCAAACAUCAAGGACCUUACUCCCGACAGCUACCUGGUGAUGGCUGCCCACUACCGCGGUAAAAAGUGAAGACAUUAAACAUUGUGAGGGUUUUCAGAGGAUGAGGUUGGUCACUUUUAGGCUACCCUCUAUUGUGUGUGACGAUGCCACAACGGUGACAUCUAAGUUACUGCAUCCAUAGGCAGCAGGCUUGUGUUAGGGUCACUCUAGUAGCCGUACGUUUUCCAGCCUAAGAGCUAAUUAUGCAACGACCUUCACAAUGAUGUCCAGCCUGGGAUCAAGACUGGUAAAUCUGGUUCUACAAAUAACCUUUAAUGUAACAUUUAGUGUACUUUACGCAGUUUAACUCAUUGUUUGGUAUGGCUGCUGUGUGGAUACUGAUCUGAUUUGGUUGUGUACAGUUAGACAGACACUAGUUUUACAUGUUAUUCCAAUUUCCAAACCACUGUUCAGUUUAUUUGAAGGAGCUUGCUUCAUCGUCAGAUAGCUUCUUAGUUCAGUCUUCAUACCAAAGACCUCUUUGUGGUGGUCCUCCACAAAUGUAGAUGUCAUUAUUAUGAUAAUAAUAUCCCUCUUUACUAACAAUAGGGGGAGCAAUAGGCCUACUUGUUUACAUGCUAUUUCGGAUUUUUAUACGUUACCUAUUUUCUGUACUGAUCUGUAAUCAUUUUCCUUCCAGUAGUUUAAUUCUGUUUGCCUUUUUCGAACCCAAUAUGCUUUGUUGUAAGAUUUAUUUCUGUGAGAAUAAAAAUGAGACAAUUUCCUAAA